AUGAGUCCGCUCACUCUGGCAGCGUGGAAUGUCCGUCCCCUCUUAGCCAAUCCGAGGAACAACCGACCGGAACGGAGGACGGCGCAAGUGGUUCGGGAACUGGCGCGCCACAAGAUGGACAUCGCUGCACUCAGCGAGACCCGGUCCUCCAAACAAGGCCAACUGGAGGAGGUGGGUGCUGGCUACACCUUCAUUUGAAGCGGUCGCCCCAGGACAGUACGACAGGAUGCGAGCAUCGCCUUUGCUAUCCGGAGUGACAUCGUGGGACGACUACCCUGUCUACUGCAGGUUAUCAACGAUCGCCUGAUGAGCCUCCACUUGCCUCUCCAGGGAGGCAAAUUUGCCACCACCGUCGGUGUCUACGCUCCCCCGAUGACCAGCCCUGACGCUGCAAGAAAGAAAUUGCACGAGGACCUGCGCGCCCACCUGAAGUUUGUGCCGAAGGCGUAUAAGCUAAUUGUCCUUGGUGACUUCAACGCCCGCGUCGGCACAGACCAUGUCGCCUGGAGAGGAGUGCUGGGUCUUGACGGCUCCAACGAAAAUGGCCUGCUCGCCCUGUUUAAUUUCCGAAGAAACUAA